CCUCUCCUCUCCCUCUCGUCGUCCAGGAGGAGAGCAGCGUGAGGAUCCUUUGAUGCAGCCGAGCAGGGGAAUUCGGCUUCUCCUCGUCUCUGCAUUUGUGUUGUGUUGUUAGCCGCGGGAAGUGGUGAAGAGGCUGCAGCAGCACGGCUCUCCCACCGAUCCCCCACUGAUCCCUUCCAUCACUUCUCAGCCCGUGGAAAUGCACGGUUUCACGGGCUGCACACAGCGACGACUUUACAUCGAUUCCUUCCCGAUCUCGCUUUUGCUUGCUCAGUUUGGUUGGUGAAGACUCAGAGAGGGUUCAGUGCAGCGGAGGAAACAAACUUUCUGCAGCGCACCAGCUGCUGUCACUGUUUCAGGAGUGAGCAAAGUGUUCUGCCUGGAUUGGGACUCAAGGUGAAGUAGACAUUCAGGUCAUUACAGAGCCUGCAUUUCCUAAAUUUGACUCUUAAAGCUGUUCGUCUUCGCCCUUUCAUUCCUCGAGCCGAGCAGAGGGGAGGAUUUUUGAAGCUGCAGCUGAGGCGACAACAUUAGAAAAGAUGAUUUUGUCUUAAGUAACUGGCCAUCACAGCACAAACUGAAGAGCCAGAGACUGUGGAGAACUCCAGCAAAACUGACAGGCAGAGGCUACCUGCAAAAAAUCCAACAGAGACUGCAGCCUAAACAGGAUACCUUUGCUGGAUUACACAAUAAAAGCACAGAGGAGUUUUCCAACGUUUUUCUGGAAUUUUGGAUGGAAUUCAUUGUCAUUUUUCAAUCAGUUUGGUAAUAGAAGCAUACAAAACAUUUGGAAGUUCACAAUUCAAUAUUUUUGAAACCAUAUUUUGAUGUUUAUCCCCCCCAUCAUUGGCAACUUGAAUCCUGAACGAAGCCAUGCCGCUGUAUCGCAAGAGGAACUGACUGGUGUGUUAUUUUUUUAUUUUAAAUUUUUUGUGACAAAAUAGAGUGCUGCCUCUUGUCUUGGCAUGCUGUUGCAUCCCACGGUGUCAGGAUUGUGCGCCAUGUUGCAGACCAUCUAUGAGACUGAGUCCUGUUUUUCCUCUGCCAGCACAGACAGCCACCACCAGCCUCUGGAGCUCCUGAGUGACAACAGGGGCUCCAGCGCUGCCAUGCCCACCGCCGUAGUGGAGGUGAAGAGCAGCCUCCCAUCGGGCAUGCAGAGCCCAGGAGGAACAGCAAGCGAGCAGAGAGGAGGAGGUGGAGAGGGUGGUGGGGGUCCAGGAGAAGGCCCCGGAGGUGGAGGCCCAGUGGACCUGCGGACAGAACCCAGGGUGGGGUCUCUGUCUGGGGGUGCGGCGGCGGUGGACACAACCCUGAGGGAGCAGCAGCUCCAGCAGGAACUUGUCCUCCUCAAACAGCAGCAGGAACUCCAGAAACAGCUGCUGUUUGCAGAGUUCCAGAAAAAACACGAAGUGCUCACGAGACAACACGAGGUCCAGCUUCAGGAGCACCUGAAGGUAGCUAGUCAGCAACAACAGGAGCUGUUGGCAGCGAAGCGGCAGCAGGAGCUGGAGCAGAAGAGGAAACUAGAGCAACAAAGACACGAAGAGCAGGAGAAACAUCGACUGGAGCAACAACUGCUGCUGCUGAGGAACAAGGAGAAAGGCAAAGAGAGUGCCAUUGCCAGUACGGAGGUGAAGCUGAAGCUCCAGGAGUUCCUUCUCAGUAAGAAAGAACCUGGCAUUGGCGGACUGAACCAUUCCUUCUCCCCAAAGUGCUGGGGAGCCCAGCACACCUCCCUGGAGCAAGGCUCUCCCCCGCAGAGUAACACCCCGGGAACUCCUCCCUCCUACAAACUGCCCCCACUGCUGGGGAACUACGAGGGCAAAGACGACUUCCCACUCCGCAAGACAGUCUCAGAGCCGAACCUGAAGGUGCGUUCACGGUUGAAGCAGAAGGUGGCAGAGAGGCGGAGCUCUCCACUGCUUCGCAGAAAGGAUGGAACUGUUAUCAGCACCUUUAAGAAGAGAGCUAUAGAGAUAUCAGUUUCCUCUCUCUGCAACAGCGCCCCAGGUUCAGGUCCCAGCAGUCCCAACAGUUCCAAUUCGGCCAUCGCCAAUGGCAACACGGGAUCGGUCCCCAACAUACAGACUGAGCUGAGAUCUCUCCAUCAGACGUUGGGGGCUGAUGGAACAUUGAGUCCUCUGAAUCUCUACACCUCGCCCUCCUUGCCGAAUAUCUCCUUGGGCCUACCUGCCAACACACACAUCACGCCCCCCCAGAAGCUGUCUACCCAACAAGAGGCUGAGCGCCAAGCCAUUCAAUCACUGCGAGGAGGGGGAGCUCUAACAGGGAAGUUUCUUUCCACAUCCUCUCUACCUGCAGGGGUGGCGCAUGAUGUGGAGACACCGCCCCCCAGCUCUCAUUCUGCCCAUUCCUCAUUAUUGCAACAUGUACUACUGCUGGAGCAGGCCAGACAACAGACUGCUAUGCUAGCUGUCCCCAUGUACAGCCAGUCGCCGCUGGUUACAGCAGAGAGAGGCGUGUCCAGCGGCAUGCGAGCGGUCAACAAGCUGCCUCGCCAUCGACCAUUAGCUCGGACCCAGAGUGCACCUUUGCCCCAGUCCCCCCAGGCUCUGCAGCAGCUGGUGGUCCAGCAGCAACACCAGCACUUCCUGGAGAAACACUACAAGAUGCUAUCGAAGGGGGCAGAUCUUCCCAGGCCGCCGCCCACCCACCCAGAGGAGACAGAGGAGGAGCUAACAGAGACCAAUGACAUGCAGGAGGACGACGGAGGGACAAGCCUUCACAGGCUUCAGAAGGAGGGGUCAGACGACAGCACACCCUCAUCUGAGCGACUUGGUGGGCAUGUGAAGGGGGAGGAGGAGCACGGGGGUGUGCAUGUGAAAGGGGAGAGCACAGAGAGCGAGCUGGAUGAAGAGGAAGAGGAAGAGGACAUCAUCCAACUGAGGGAGGGCGACGAAGAGGAGAGGGGGAGCUACACGCAGGCCUUGCAGCAGCUGGGUGUGUUCCAGUCCUCGCUGCCCCACAGACCCCUGGGAAGAGCGCAGUCCUCCCCAGCAGCCACUGUCAAUCCCAUCAAACACCUCUUCACCACCGGGCUUGUGUAUGACAGUCUGAUGCUGAAGCAUCAGUGUGUGUGCGGCAAUGCUCACAUCCACCCAGAGCAUGCUGGGAGAGUGCAAAGCAUCUGGUCCAGACUGCAGGAGACAGGCCUGCUGGGCCGCUGCGAGAGGAUUCGUGGGCGUAAAGCGUCUCUGGAUGAGAUCCAGUCUGUCCAUUCAGAGUUCCACACUCUGCUGUAUGGAACCAGUCCACUGAAUCGACACAAGCUGGACCACAAGAAGCUGCUGGGUCCAAUUAGCCAGAAGAUGUAUGCUGUUCUUCCUUGUGGAGGAAUCGGGGUGGACAGCGACACCGUGUGGAAUGAGAUGCACUCGUCGGCUGCAGUCCGCAUGGCAGUUGGCUCCGUCAUCGAGCUGGCCUUCAGAGUGGCGGCAGGGGAGCUGAAGAAUGGCUUCGCAGUGGUGCGUCCACCAGGUCACCACGCUGAGGAAUCCACUGCCAUGGGGUUUUGUUUCUUUAAUUCAGUAGCCAUCACAGCCAAGCUGCUGCAACAGAAGCUGGGAGUGGGCAAGAUCCUCAUUGUGGACUGGGACAUUCACCAUGGCAACGGCACCCAGCAGGCCUUCUACAGCGACCCCAACGUCCUCUACAUCUCCCUCCACCGCUACGAUGAUGGAAACUUCUUUCCUGGCAGCGGAGCUCCUGAGGAGGUGGGAUCAGGUGUAGGUGUUGGUUUUAAUGUGAACAUAGCAUGGACCGGAGGAGUAGAGCCACCCAUGGGUGAUGUGGAGUACCUCACUGCCUUUAGGAGUGUGGUGAUGCCCAUCGCCCAGCAGUUCAGCCCAGAUGUGGUUCUGGUGUCUGCAGGCUUCGACGCAGUGGAGGGUCAUCAGUCUCCUCUGGGAGGAUACAAUGUUUCUGCCAAGUGUUUCGGGCAGCUAACGCAGCUGCUGAUGGGUCUGGCGGGUGGGCGUGUUGUUAUGGCGCUGGAGGGUGGUCAUGACCUCACCGCCAUAUGUGACGCGUCAGAGGCCUGUGUGUCUGCGCUUCUGGGAGACCCGUGUGACUCUGUGUUCCAGUGGCCUCAGGAGAAGCCAUGUCCAAAAGCUUGGGCCUCACUAGAGAGAGUAAUAGAGAUCCAGAGUAAACACUGGUCCUGUCUCCAGAGUUUGUCUCAGACGAGUGGCCACUCGCUAAUGGACGGCCCCCUGGGGUCUCAGGGCCAAUCAGAGGACGAGGCAGAAACAGUCAGCGCCAUGGCCUCCCUCAGUGUUGACGUUGAGCAGCCAAGCUCCGUUCCAGACAACACGGAAACCAACAGGUCCACAGAGGAGCCAAUGGAAGAAGAGCCUGUAUUGUAGGCGGAGCUUAAAAAAGAACCACACAAAAACUCCACAUUCACCUCCUUCUGGCACCUCCUCUUCCUCUUCCUAUUCCUCCGCAGAGUGUGUGUAGGGACACACACGCAGAGUCGAAUUGUCUCGUUGGGGAGGACUCCGAUUGGCUGAGGAGAACAAUAUGGAGGCAGGAGAAGGCGGGGCCUGUGAAAAACAUGGACACAUCUCUUUUCCAUUGGUUCAUUAGCCCAAGGAGGAGCAGACGACUUGUUAGCAUCUCCGUGGAAACCAGAGGAGGAGAGGGUCAGCAAGGAGACACGUCUUGUGACCUGUAUACUUUACCACCUGUACACAGCACCACUGAAUUUUCCCCUCCCACCGCCCAGUCACUCUUGUCUUUCUAUUUUGUCCCUACUCCUCGGUUUCCACAGCGGGAAGAUGACUGUGGAAAACCUGAAUUUGAAUCCCGUCAAGAUGUCAGACGGCAGGCAGACGACUUGUCUGUCUGUCUGUCUGUCUGUCUGUCAGAGAGGCAGGCUGAAAGAACGUGGGGUUGGCUGGCGGAGGAGGAACAACCUGUUGUAAAAUGAGCAGAGGAGGAGGAGGAACUAGGUGCCUUUUUUAAAAAAAAAACAAAAAAACGUCCAAUCAGAAACCACAAAACACCACCACCGCAGCACCUCAGCAAACCAACCAGCCAAUCAGGACUGAAGAAACACACUAAUGCGCAUGCACACACACACUGCUGUUGUUUUAGUCGGUCAGUUCAUUUUCAAGUCUUUGUUUCUUCAUCUGGAUGCCUUAAUUUGUUCUUAUCUCACUGUUUAGCAACCUUGAGAGAGAUGGCGAGAGAGAGAGAAUCAUAAUAUAAAUAUGUACUCAGAAAUGUAUUUAAACUGCUAAGAAAUGUAUUUUCUUUAAAAUCUUAUAAUAUUCAUACCAGGUAUUCCCAACAGACUGAAGAAACGCCUCUAAAGCCAUCAAUGCACACUAGACAUCUCCAGUAAAAAUCUCCAUUGAAUAUUAAUGUAAUGUUAAUAAUAAUAUUCAAUCAGACUUUUAUGGGAUCUGGUGAGUGUCUCAGGAUCAGGCCCGUUUUAGCAGUAUUCAUUCUUUAAAAUAUGUACUUAUUGAAACUGCAUCGCUUCAGACCACCACUCCUCUCUCUCUCUUUCACUUAUUUCGGUUGAGAGUCAUGUGACCUGAGCCCCAUCCCUUCUUCUCUAAAGGGGAUUGUUGGAUUGUGGCAGACCACAAAGACCACCACGUCCCUCUUAUUUCUUCUAUUUUUUUUUUUAUUGUAAUAUUUCUUGUUUGGUGUAAAUACUGUCUCCUGUCCUGUUGCCCACGGUUACGUCACAGCAGACUCAGUGUGGUCACUUUUCUAUAUCUGUACAUACAUAUAUGUAUAAAAACACAAACUACUUUCUCUUUUUGUAUAAAAAAAGAAAAAAUAAUAUUCUAUAUAAAUAUAUAUAUAUGUAAACAGUGUUUUAUCCAAUAAGAUUGGAUUCAUGAAUAUAUUCUAUUUGGAGAUUUGAUGUUUAAAAGGUUUGGCUGUUUGACAGGAAGUAAGCACACGGUCUGAUGACAUCAGACCGCCACAUGUUUGUAUGUUUGUUUACAGAUGUUGAGGGUUGCUGGAUAUUGUCGUUGUAGUGGUUGUUGUUGUUGUUGGAGGUGAACAGUGAGCUCCUGUUCCUCUGGCAGGACCAGGAAGGCAGCGCUGCCCUCCACAGACAAUCAGCAGCAACUACAGAACAGUGGAUAUGAAGGUCAAAUGUCAUAACUGGGUAAAUAGAUUUGGUCCAGUGGUGAUGCAUUUUUGCAGUCCAACAGGGAGUUAGCAAGCCCUUUUCCAUGGUUUAUGUGAUUCAUUAGCGCUGACCGUCGUACUUCAUAUCACAGCUGAAUCAGCAUCCUGUAGCUUGGAUGUUUAGUCACUGACGGGCUCCAAAAAUGUGUUACAGCAAUGUUUAAAGUACAAACUCACUGGAUGGUGGGUUAUCUUCUUAUAUAUAUAUAUAUAUAGAGAAAGGUGUAAAAGAUGGGGUUAAAAUGGCAGGUUUAAAAAUAUGUCACUUACCCUGACUAAGAAAGGUAGCUUCCAGUAAACUUACAAGGAACUUUUCAUUUUCUGUUGAUUCUGGCGGCCCCUGUGGACAAAAGCGGUAAUGCUUCUACAGCCUUGUUUCAUUGAUUUAAAGGGGAAUCCAACCGGGUGGAAGGCAUUAAGAAUAACUUUACAGAAAUGGCCAAUCUUCUUGCUGAUGGUCUUGUGUGCUUAUGUAGAUCAUAUAGAGGCAUCAGUAUUACAUCGUUUUAUAACCAGCUAAAAACUGUAGUACCUUUUUAAUACAAAACAAUUUGCAUUCAAAGAUGACACAGGAAGUCACAGUGUGUUCACAAGUUCUCAAGUGGGAACACAAGGUAUGGCCUUCAGUGGAGUCCAAGAGAGGGCGGGAGAUGUCAGGGAAUGGUACACUGCCAGUGUUCUCUCUUUUUCGCUUAGAUAAUGAUAAAGUCGAGAGUCACUGAUGGCCACUUCAAUUCAGCUCACUUUUUUGGUACUAGCUGCCAUGAGCACUGGCGUGAUAUCCUCUGUGGAAAAGAGCGGGUAGGCAAGCCCAGCAGCUGCUGCAACCAUUGGGGGAACAAAAUAUCGCAGAGUCUACAACAAGGUAGUUUUGAGGAGCAAAGCCAAAAAUGUAGUGUGCAGCGCAGUGGAGCUCAAUAGAGAAGACCUUUCUUGGUCAGUGUAAAUCACAUCUUUUUCUUAGUUUCUAAGUUUGCACCAACCAUUUUUCCACAUUGAAGUGACUAAGAAGAUUGCCUACCAUCCACUGAGUUCAUAUUUUCAGCAUCCCUGCUGUAACACAUUUUCCAUACAUAAUAUGCUGUUCCUGGAUCAGGGCUAAUGGAGCACUCAAUUGUUUUGUUAUGGUAUAUAAUCUCCCCCGUUAACCAUUUGUUAGCAAUCAUCUUUAUUAGCUUUCAUGAAAGUUUUAAAAUGGAUGAAAAUCCAAUCAAAAAUCCGUUUCCAUUCCACUAACUGUUGGGAACCAUGGCCCAAGUAUGCUAACUACACAGUUGUGUGUUCACCAAGCGCCAGUUUAUUGCUGUUUUUGUCCUGUGCUCGUUGAAGGUGCCCAGUAGACGCAAAGCUUCAGAACUGGACCACUCUAUCAUCCGCAUCAUCAGAAACUUAACUCAGAAACACUAUCGAGUCAUUCGGUAAGCUGACUCUGCCGGACACAAUCUUCAACCUCACAAGUCCAUUUCCCAGGACCCUUUGUGGUGUAGCGAGUGUUGUAGCUCACGCUGCUUCCUCUGGGUCUCGUCUGUUCAAAGCAAUACAACACUGACAGGACAGCAGUGGUUGGAACAGAGAGAGAGAACUUCAAUGUCCAGCUUUAGCGUUGCCAUGGUGAAGCGGCAGACAGCAUCACAGCUUACAUCAUUUGCGGGGUUCCCUGUGGUUGAGCGCUGUUUGCAUGUAUUAUCUGUCAGGUGGGAUGGACAGAGUAUUGAUUGAUCUAAAGAUUGAUUGAUUUAUUGAGCUGUGUUUCCAGGCGGUUCAGUGUAGUCUUUUUGUACUAAUGUAAACACUAAGGCCAUUUUGUCCAUUGUAUCAGUAGUCAGUAAUAGCAGUGCCUCUCGUUGGGGAGGUCGAGCGGUGGAGUUGGACGGAUGAGAAUUAGCUAUUGACGACGGUAGCUGUUGACGCCUGAUCUCGACUGGAGUUCACGCGGCACGAAGGAACAAAACUGUGGAGGGACGAGCAAGUGGACCACAGCUGAGAAGCCUGUCAAUUAAGCAAUUUAUACCCCAAUUAAAAAAAUGCCUUAACGUUUUCUCAACAUUAUUUUUUUAAUUACCAACGAGCAAUUAAUUAAAAUUGUCUGUUGAAGAAUUUCGUAUUUUCCCUGUCACUUAUUACAAUUUGGGCCUUUUUUUUUUUUCCUAGUUUUGUUUUUUUCCAUAAUAAUGGUGCUUUCCAUUUUCCUCUGAAGUCUGAGGUGCUGGGAGAACGACCCGAGUCGACUACGUUCCAGUUCAAGUCAAAAAACCUAUUAGGUUAGCAAUUAGGGCUGUGUAUUGGCAAGAAUCUGGCCAUACGAUAGGUAUCCCAAUACAACGGUUAAGAAUCAUCAUAUUAGGAUAUUUUGGUUUUUUUUAAUGUGGGGUUGGUGAGGUUCUUCCAACUUUCCCAAGUCUGAAAUCCGACUUCAUGAUGAUGAAUUUCAUGAUCGGAAAUUCCGACUUCCAAUUUCAAAUGGAAUGCACCAUGAGAACACUGGGUGGGACCAGCUACAAAUACUUUCCCCUUUAGACGUGGUCAGACCACAUUGUAAUUCAUUUUGACCGUACCCCGGGCUUCUGUUGUAGCGACGUUGCUGUGUUCUCAUAUUUCAGCAAUUACUUUGGUGAAUUCAACGUUCUCGUAAUCAACACAACUACAAAAAUAAGACCCAAAUCGUAAGAAACAGAAUCAUCCUUUAAAACAACCAGUGUGUAGGAUUUAGUUGCAUCUAGUGGUAAAGUUGCAGAUUGCAACGAGUUGAAUACAGCUCAAGGAGCAACCACAGUGGCUGUGAAGCUUGCUCAAAACGCUAAAGGCCCUAUCUAGAGCCAGUGUUGGUUUGUCCGUCCUGGACUACUGUAGAAACAUGGCGGUUCAACAUAGUGGCCAAGGAGGACCCAGAGCGGUUGUAGAAAACAUACCUGUGAAUAUUAUAUUCCAUUUCUGCCAGUAGAUCCUCCUAAAUGUUACACACUGGACCUUUAAGUCAGGAUGGUUGCUGCUUGGUCUUGGUCAGAGGGCACACAUAAGCACAGAUUGUGGACUGAAGAUUUAAGAUUUUUGUUUAAGAUUUGGUCCCGAGUCCUAAUGAAAGGGCUCCUAGAGAACCAUCUGCACCAGUGGCGUUGCUAUCCUGCACACUUAAAACUAAUAGCGCGGACAGAGCCUGGCCGUGUGUGUGACAGGGUGACAGACCUCCCCAGUCCAGAGGCCACACAGCUUUACUGUUGCUACCACCCACACACACACUGAGGUAAAACGCACACUUUCUCACACACACACACACACACACAGACUAUUUUGCUACAUGAGUUAAUACUGUAUAUUUCUUGAUAUGUUUGAUACUGUGGUGUAAAUGUAGUGUCCUGCUAUGAUGCGGUGUGGGGGAGGGCUAUCUUUGGACUUUUGGGGUGGGACGAGGAGGUUCAGAAUCAGUGCGACUGUCACCUCCUCUCUCUCUUACCUCCUUGUGUUUUUCGAGGGGAGACGUUCUCUCUGUUACCUUUUCUCUCGUCCGGCUCGUGACUGAAAAAUCGGAAAACGCCGUUUUUGUUGGAACUGAUCACAAGCACAUUCCUGACUAUUCUCUGUCCGUGCUCUCGUUUUAAUCCAGAUUAUUUCUUGUUGCGACAAUACAACAUGUGUCUAGUUCUUGCUGACUCACAUGUAUAUAUAAAGUGCAUAUAUGUGUACACAUGUGCAAUACACGCUAUUCGAGCAAUCUAUUACUGUGACUAUUAUUGAUGAUGAUACUUGUCCCUUUUUCGAAGUUUUCAGCCCGUUUUUCCUUCUCGUCCUGAUUUCCUGUUGAUGAAUUGUGUUGCAGGAGCUUAAAAAGGGAAGAAGGUGACUUGUGAUUCUUCACACUCAGUGUCAUUUCAGGGGUUUGUGGACAUUUUAAUGAAGCCCUUUUUUUUUUUUUUUUUUUUUUUUUUUACUCUCACUGUAACGUUGUGACGUUGAUCCUGUUUUUUUUUUUAAAGUGGGCCUGUUGUUAAACUUGUCUGGAAACUCAAUAAAGCAAUUCACCGAU